CCGCGCCUUGCUGACAUGAAGUGAAUUCGUCCAAGUGGAAUUUUUCUAUAUUUCUUAAUCAUUUUUUCUCUAAUAGUUUAAACUAUGAAAUCGUUAUUCGUUUUAACUUCAGUGCUAUGUUUCUGUAUUCUUCCUGAGACUUUGGCAAUUUAUUGCUACCAGUGCAACUCCAAUGAAGAAACUUACUGUGCAGAUUUGUUUAAUCGAGAAGAGUUGGACCUGGAACCUGCUGUGUGUGAUGGAAUUCAUGAAGCAAAGUACUGUAUAAAAGCAACAGGAAUGUAUGAGGGUACAAUCGGAACUCGACGUUUCUGCUCUUCAAGACACCAUGGAAACUAUUGCGAAUAUGUGCGUCGCCCCGGCGAUGAGAGGGAGUAUCGAUCUUGUGUGUACACUUGUUUCACUGAUGGAUGCAAUGGUGCUAAACAUCUAAUCCUUUCAUCAUCUGUGAUCUGGGCAAGUCUGCUGCCUAUUCUCAUUUAUUUCAUACAGACAUGGAAGUUAUGAAACCUUUUUGCUACUCUGGAGUCAUCAUAAAUAAGCAGUCAUUUGGAUUCAUUUGUGAAACUUAUCAAGAAAGGACAGUUUUCAUUACAUUCUCCAUUUAUUUCUUAACAUUUGACCCAAAAGUUUGCAAGUGCAAUGGUAUAUCUGUAUGAAAAUAUUUUUUUUAUUGUUGAGGGAAAAUAAUUAGUUUGGUUUUCAUCUAAGGUAAAUUAGUAACAAUUGUGAAAUUUUGAUUUCUUUUCAUAAAAGUUAUUACUAAAGUCUUUUUCAUGAAAGUUAUUACUAAAGUCUUUUUCAUGAAAGUUAUUACUAAAGUCUUUUUAUUACUGAAGAUUUUAGUAAUAAAGUCUUCAGUAAUAAACUGUUUUACGUUUUUGAUUUUUUUUCAUGUCUCCCAGAUAUGGUUAACUUAGUAAGUAUCUACAAAUGUAACUUGAGUAAUAAAUUUUCCAUGAAAUAACAAUUUUUGAUGAAUUAAAUGUAUUUAUCCAUAAUUUAAUUAAUUCAAAAACAACCUAAAGUGUUUAUUAUUUUUGCAUUAUUUUGCUUAAUGCAGUGAAAGCAAAAAUAAUGCUUUUCAAAUGCUGAGAAUAAAUGCUUUGUGUAAUUUUAAACAACUUACUUAGAAUUUUUACUUAAUAAGCAACAUAUAUCCUCCCAUUGUUCUCAACUAUUCUAUAGUAAUCAUCAUAUUUUUUAAUUUAAUAUUUUAAUUUACUGUUAAAAUAACAUUUUUCUGUUGUACUUGAAAGCUUGGGGUCAAAUUGUCAAUGUUCUUCAUACUUUUCAGUGAUAAGUCAGUCCUAGCUGUAUCUACAGUCAGUCAUUCAUAAUCCGUCCAUUUUUCCAUUGCUUUAAAAUAUAUUGUUUGUUAUAUAAUUCAUGAUUACCUUUCUGAAAAUUGGAAGAAUAGUAUACAUUCCAAAUGCAGCUAAUUUUUAUAAGAAUUGCUUCGUAAAAACUCUCUUCUAUCAGAUUAAAAGUGAAAAGUUUGCUGAAAGAUUGAGAAGUACCGUACAAUCUAUUUUAUACAGAUUAACUGGGACCAAAAGCAGUCCAGGGAAUCAAAAAUUUGGUAAAUGUGGGUAAUUACAAAAACAAAUACUUAAACAUACAGACUUAAUUAUUGCAAUAAAAAUGUUUUGUAACAAAAUUUCAUAGAAUUGUUUACAAGACAUUUAAAAAAUAAAUAAUUUUUCACAUAUCUUAACAAGGUCUUCUACUUCAGAAACCUGUUAUGUUCAUAUGAAACUUAGUCACUUACACUUAGCACAACAAAUUAUAAAUUGUAAAAAAGUGUACCAUCUUUAAAAGUUUAUUUUUUAUGUACAAUAAGUUACCUUCUUGCUAUCUUAAUUUUACCUUAUUAUUUAAGAAAAUCUAUUUAAAAAACACCUACAAAUUUGGUUCUGAGAUCUGGUACAAGACAAACAAGAUUUUUCUUUAGUUUGACAAAGACAAUAAAAAUACUUAAAAUGUGUAAGUGUAAAAUUUUUGCUGCUAAUGGAAGAAGCUACUACUAUUCUAGUAAAACAAAUUUGUUGUAAAUACCAGGGCUGCGGUAUCGGAGGGAAAAUGACAGACUUCGACUCUGGCAUUUAUUUUAUUUUUUUUACUUCUUUCACCCUCAUAGGAAGGAGGAAAAAAAGCAGAAACAGAGAUAGAAAUAAUUAAUUCUUUUUAUGACAUUUUUGCAUUAUAUUUUAUUGUAAACCUAAGACACAUACAGCGAAAGAAUUUAAAUUUGAAAAUAAAACUUGAAAAUAGUUGCAAUUUUUAAAGUAAAAUUACUCAAAAAUCUCAUUUCUUAAAAAUUUGAAAAAGGAUUAUUUUGAACUUUUUUAAUGCUUAACAAAUAGCUGCCCAUCAAGAAGCAUACUUUCAAGUUUUGAAGGGUCACUGGAAAGCAAAAAAAAAUUUCUUGCAAAAUUCUUCUGUGAUUUACCUCCAUUAGUUGUAACCGUAACUACCAUGGUUGUUUUCUUUUAAAUGUGUCAUGGUGAUGUGAAAUGUCCUGCCUAAUCUGAAUAGAGAUAUGUACAUGUAAAAACAUUCUUUAUUUUCGUAAGAUCACCUGAAAAUUAUUUAUCAGAAUUUUUAUUAGUUGCCUGCCUAGGGAUUAGUCGGCUACAGGAUUUAUAUAAAUAUAUAUCACUAAAUUUUGUUACCAAACAACCUUCUUUGUUGCCUCAAUGCCAGCAGGGUUUGAAAAUAUUAUGAUAUUUUGGAAAAUAUCCGAUAUUUUGAUAUAUAUCAAAUAUUUUGACAUCUAUCCCAUAUUUUCAACCAACACAAACUAAAGUCUUCAAAAUAGUAAAAGCAUUCUCAAAUCACUCUUUUUUUUAACAUUAUUAUUACAAUAUUUAGACUUAAAGUUAAGGUUUCUUUCAUUACUCUUACAUCUAAUAUUUCAUUUUACAUUAUCAUCAAUUUUCAUGGAGAAAUUUAGCAUUAGCUGUUUUAUGCAUUUUUCUUCUGUUAACAACUUUUACACAGUUAUAUGAUUCAGAAGUAAAAAAUAUGCAUUAGUCGGUGCACAGUUAUAAGACAUUCUUUUUUUUCCUCACCAAUGUUUAGUAUUUGAUUAGGCAUUUUUAAUAUAAACUAAAAUUGUUACAUUGCUAAUAGUUUUAUUAAUCUUUACUAAUAAUAAAACUGAAAGUCUGUCUGGAUAUCUCUCUGUCCGGAUCUCUCUCUCUCUGUCUGUCUAUCAGAAUCUCUGACGCACUUAGCGCCUACACCGUUCGGCCGAUUUUCAUGAAAUUUCGCACAAAAUUAGCUUGUAGCAUGGGGAUGUGCACCUUGAAGCAAUUUUUCGAAAAUUCAAUUUUGUUCUUUUUUCAUUCUUAUUUUAAGAACAUUUUCCCGAGCAAAAUUAUCAUAAGAUGGAUGAGUAAAUUGCCAAGUUAUCAUAACAUGGAACCAUAACAUGGGUAAGCCAAUUGGCGAGAAAGUCAUCAUACUUUAUUUUUAAACAUACAGGCAAACCAAAAGACCUUUUAAUUUUCUACUACGGGCAAAGCUGUGCGGGUGCCACUAGUAUAAAAUAAAAAGGAAUAUUAUAUUACUUUGUUUCCUUAAUGACGUAUUCAUACAUCAGAAACAUAUAACUUUUUGGUUAUUUAAAUAAUAAAUGAACAAUAUUACUAUGAUUAAUAAUUUUUAUAUUGAAAGUACCGUAGUUGAAAAAAAAAAUCGAAAUUAUCAAAAUAUCAUAAUAUUCUCAAAAUAGAUAUCAGAUAGAUAUCGUGAUAUACAUCAUGAUAUAUAUCGGCAAACCCUGAAUGCCCGUGACUUGAAAGAAAGACCAUGUAUUGAAAGAAAAUUGGCUGGUGGCAAAAGAUUACUGGGGCGACACUUCCCCAGGAAUUAGUUGAAGUAUGAUUCCUACAUGUUCUUUCGUACUUACAAAUCUCGAACCCGAUUAGAGGGUUAAAAAUCGUCAGUAAAAAAAAAGAAAGAAGAAAAGGCAAUGAGUGUCUGUUAAAACUUUUAAGAAAUGCAAGAGUUUGCAUGUUUUUAAGCGACUCCUUUGUUGCGAAAUCAGUCUGACUCUUCUACUCAAACUCUGCAUUCCUGGUAAAUAGGACAAUAAAAAUAUUCCCCAUAAUUAAUUCUUCUCUUCACCUUUUUGAUUUAUUUUCCCUUUCAGUUUCUUUAUCUUGUCUCUAUAGAUCUAUAAAAAGAAUUUCUUUAUUACAAAAUAUGUAAGUUAUGUAGUUUAUGUAUAAAUGAACAUUUUAUCAAUCAGAUGUGAUUCAUGUUCUUCCUGUCGUUCAUACAUAUUGGUUUUUCUUACUUAGUAAGUCUUUAUUUCGUUUUCAACAGUUGCUUUUUCAAAUAAACAGCUUAUUUUGCUAUCCAUACUUCUUAACUUUAUAAUUUUUAUAAAAGAAGAAAACAUUGAUAGAACCGAAUGUUUAGAGAUCCGACCAUGUUUAUAGUAGUGGUGCCAUCUAUGUUUCAUAAUUUUAAAUACAUAAAAUUAUUAAGUUUUUUUUUCUUUCUUUCUACUGGUGCAAGAUUAUUUUUGGAUGAUGAAAAUAGUAAAAAACACAUUUUUUUUUAUAUCUACUUUUUUUGGGCUUUUUCUCUAUUUUGUGUAUUCAAUCUUCAUGGGUGUUUCUGCCUUUAAUUUUUUCUGUUAUCCUAGGAUAAGUAUUUAUGAAACAACAAAACAUUAAGGAAUUUAACAUAAAGUUGUAAAAAUAUUUUUCUCUCUAUCUCUUUACUAAAAUAUAUUGCCAUUAUACAAAUGAUAUUUUCCGUCUUACAUAUUUAAUAUCAAUACAGUUUACAAUUUUGUUUAUCAUGACAGUGUGCUAUUUAAAUGAAACAAAGCUCCUUCAGCAAAUCAAACUUUGCAAGAAUGUUUUUUACGUAGGGAACUAAAUGUAAUUGAAGUUUAAUCUAGCUUAUAUCAAAUGAUAGUUUGCUGCAUUUUUAAUACAGUUCAUUCCGUCCAAAACUGUAUCACUGUUUUGUUGUUUAAAAGUUUUAUUUUUCCUGUUACUCUUUUUGAAUAGAAAAUAUAUAUCAUGAAAUGGUUAUUUUAUGAAAAAAGUGCUGUAAAUUACUUUACAGAGUAAAUGUGUUUUUUUU